GUUAUAGGUAAUAAAAGAUUCGCAUUUGCGAAUUUAUAGAGAGUAAAAAUGGUGCUCGAUAUGGAUAUGUUUCGCGAGGAGAAGGGUGGAAAUCCCGAAGUCAUCCGUGAAUCGCAGAGGAAUCGUUACAAAGAUCCAGGGUUGGUUGAUAAGGUGAUUGAGCUCGAUCAGGCAUGGAGAAAAGCGCGGUUUCUGCUUGAUGUAUUCAAUCGGCAAAAGAACGUGCUAAGCAAAGCCAUCGGGGAAAAGAUGAAGAAAAAGGAGGCUCAAGGCACAGACGACAGCAUUGAUGAAUCGAUCACUUCAAAGCUGGAUUCUUUGAAAAUUGAGGAUCUCAAUGGAUUAUCGGUAAUGCAAAUCAAAAAGCUACGAGUUUUGCUGGAUGAGAAAAUGGCUGAAACAAAGACUUCGAUGGAGAAACUGGAGGAAGAACGCCAUUUCAACUUGAUACAAAUAGGGAAUAUCGUCCACCACAGUGUCCCAGUAUCGGACGAUGAAGAUAACAACCGAGUCGAACGCACAUUUGGUGACAUAACCAGGAAAAUGAAGUAUUCCCAUGUUGAUCUCGUCUGCAUGAUCGAUGGAUUUGAUGGAGAUCGGGGAACAUCAGUUGCUGGUGGACGCGGUUACUUCCUCAAAGGACCGCUUGUUUUUCUUGAACAGGCAAUAAUCCAGCUUGCUCUGCAAAAGCUAGGAGAAAAAGGCUUUGUUCCGCUCUACACGCCGUUUUUCAUGCGUAAGGAAGUUAUGCAAGAAGUCGCGCAACUGAGCCAAUUUGAUGAAGAACUUUAUAAGGUUUGUGGUAAAGGUUCAGAAGUGGUUGGAGACAAUACAAUUGAUGAAAAAUACUUGAUUGCCACUUCGGAACAACCCAUAGCUGCUUUCCACAGGAAUGAAUGGCUCAAAGAAACCGACCUUCCUCUCAAAUAUGCUGGAAUAUCCACUUGUUUCCGUCAAGAAGUGGGUAGCCAUGGAAGGGAUACUCGAGGUAUAUUCCGAGUACAUCAGUUCGAGAAAGUUGAGCAGUUUGUUAUCUGUUCGCCGAAUGAUAAUGAAUCAUGGCGGAUGUUCGACGAGAUGAUUGGAAAUGCUGAGGAGUACUGUCAGUUAUUGGGUAUUCCUUAUCACAUCGUAUGCAUUGUUUCGGGCGAGUUGAACAACGCCGCUUCAAAGAAGCUUGAUCUCGAGGCUUGGUUCCCUGGAUCAGGUGCUUUCCGAGAGCUUGUAUCUUGUUCGAAUUGUACUGAUUAUCAAGCUCGAAGGUUGAAGGUUCGUUACGGUAUGACGAAGAAAAUGGAUGGAGAGGUGCCGUUCGUCCACAUGUUGAAUGCAACGAUGUGCGCUACUACUCGAGUUCUGUGCGCUUUGCUGGAGAACUACCAAACUGAUGAUGGUAUUGUAAUACCUGAGAUUCUUCAUCCGUUUAUGCCUGAGAAGUACCGAAAAUUCAUCCCGUUCGUCAAACCUGCUCCUAUCGAUGAAGAUGCAAAGAAAAAGGCAGAAAAGGCAGGAAAAUAAAGACUAUUUAUUGUGCUUUGUUUUAUGAACAGAUAUCUAUGAAAUUAAAACUGUUGAGACGCUAAAAUCUCGGUGCACUCAUCUGCACUGGAUGUCUAUCGUUAAACUGGCAUGCUCUCCGUUGUUGUUCCCCUUCUCGGUUCUAUGGGCUUGGGCUUUUGUUGUGAUGUGAAAGCAUUCUCACUGUAUUGUUACUUUGUUAAUAAAUAUUCCUAUC